GAUACAUUUAUUUUUCAGCCUUUGAAGUGCGUUAAAGGAGCGCGCUGUCAACGCUAACACGUUAUUAUAUCUUUAUCGCUCAUUACAUGUACAAGGAUUGAAUGACGCGUUAGCGCUGAUCGACGCGCUUCCCGAACGCAUCUUUAGUAGGCAGCACAUAGAUGCGCCUUAUGAUCUCAACGGUCCUGAGAUCGCGAGCCGCGACUGUCAGUUGUUGGGAUCCGCCGCGCGAUAAGGGGAGAUAGGAGGCGUAGGGCGUAGCUCCCGAGAAUCGGCCGAAAGUUGGAAACUUUGUCGAGCUCUGGCAUAGUUAAAGUUGACAUGCACGCAAUUCUCUCCUUUUACACAUAAAAAGUGGUACCACCAGUUGAUAUUAUUUAACAAGACUUCGCGUAAAAUAGAAACCGUAUACAUUAACAACAGUUCUUUAAAUAUAUAUUUAUGCGCGCGGUUGUCCGAAAUUUAGAUUGCUCGCAAAUCGCUUCUUGAAAAAUUUUGAAUUUACGAUGGUUCGCGCCUUGUGGCUAUACGUUCUCGCUAUUAUAAUAAUGUAUGCUAUUGCGGAUGACGGAGAUGACUUAGAGAAUCUUGAGAGCAUUUUCCUGCGUCAUUACACGGGGAAAACACUGGACGAGUACAUUGAUUAUCCGCUGAACGACGUUAGCUCGCUGCAAACCAGACUAAAUCCCAACAGAAAGACAGUGUUGUAUAUUCAUGGUUACAAGGAGAAUCUGCAAAAGAAUACCGUGCGGAUGGUGGUGCAAGCAUACCUCAUCCGAAGCGACCACAAUAUCAUUGCAUUAAGUUAUGCCGAAUUGGUGAAUGGGACGUACAGGAACGCAAUAAAGAACAUUGAUCCGAUCGCAAAAGCUGUUGCAUCGGUUCUCAACAACAUGUCAGAAACAGGCUUCAAUACGGAGAAUCUGCACAUCGUCAGUAUUUCCUUAGGCGCCCAUGUCGCAGGCCGCAUUGGCAGAAAUGUGGUAAACGCAAGUAUUGGCAACUUCACGGUUCCUAGAAUCACAGGCUUGGACCCUGCAGGGCCUAACUUUAAUGACUAUCCGGAGCUCUGUCUCUCGUCCUCUGACGCGCGUUUCGUAGACAUCAUACAUACAGACCAAGGAUACUACGGUAUUAACCUAAAUAGAGGCACAGUGGAUUUCUUCCCGAACGGCGGUUAUCGUUUACAACCCGGUUGUCAGAGAGCUCUCUAUAUUUACCCGUAUGAUAUCUGCAGUCAUAAACGUUGCUGUGAAAUCUACGCUGAGUCUGUGAACAAUGAGUUAGCCUUCCUGGGGGUGGAAUGUUCUUCAUGGGAUAACUUUUUAUCUGGCGAGUGUAACAAUAAUACUCAGGUCAUCAUGGGUUACGGAACUCCGAAUACUGCGUAA